CAUUCCUUUUGGAAUUCGUUGCUAUCAACUGACACUGAGUAUUCCACGGUGGACUAUAGGCCAUAACCAUACUUGAUCACAAAUUAAAUCAUGACACACAUACAGCUAAAGGAGGGCGAAUACACAUCGACAAUUUACUCUUUGAUUAAAGACCAAAGGUACAACGAUGCUGUUCAUCUUCUUAGCAGUCAGGUUCAAGGACACACCAAGUCCAGAGCUGCAUUGUCUUUGCUCGGCUACUGCUACUUUCAAAUGCAAGACUUUGUUAAUGCUGCUGACUGCUAUGAAGGACUGAGUAUGAUGCAUCCAGAGAUAGAAGACUACAAACUGUAUUAUGCCCAAGCUUUGUACAAAGCCUGUCUCUAUCAGGAAGCUAUGAAAGUGGCCUGUCAGAUUGAUAAUCCUGAGUACCAGAGUCAGAUAACAAAGCUACAAGCUGCCAUUAAAUUUGGAGAAGAAGACCUACCAGGAGCUAAGAGUUUAGUGGAGCAGUGUCCUUCAGAUGACCCAGAUACUGAAAUAAACCUGGGAUGUCUGCUUUAUAAGGACAAGUUAUACGAAGAAGCUUGCCAGAAAUUUACCACAGCAAUGGCAAUUCUGGGCUACCAGCCCCAGCUCUCGUACAACAUCGCCUUGUGUCACUACCAGAUGAAACAGUAUGCCCCUGCCUUGAAACACAUUGCAGACAUUAUAGAGCGAGGAAUCAGAGAGCAUCCUGAGUUGAGUGUUGGAAUGACCACGGAGGGGAUAGAUGUGAGGAGUGUGGGGAACACCCUGACCCUGCAUGAGACGGCCCUCGUGGAGGCCUUCAACCUCAAGGCCGCGAUAGAGUAUCAGCUCAAAAACUUUGAUGCAGCCUGUGAAGCACUAACUGAUAUGCCCCCGAGGGCUGAGGAGGAGCUGGAUGCUGUGACCCUCCAUAACCAGGCCCUGAUGAACAUGGAGCAGCACCCCACCCAGGGAUUCGAGAAACUGCAGUUUCUGCUCCAGCAGAAUCCUUUCCCACCGGAGACAUUUGGCAACUUGCUUCUCCUCUAUGUCAAAUAUGAGUAUUUUGACUUGGCUGCCGAUGUACUUGCUGAGAACUCUCACCUGACUUUUAAGUUUUUGACACCUUAUAUGUACGACUUUCUGGAGGCUGUGAUCACCAGCCAGACAUCUAAGGAGGAGGCUUACAGGAAGUUGGAGGAGAUGGCCAAGAACCAGACCGAGACCCUCAGUAAACUCACCAAACAGGUUCAAGAGGCUCGUCAGAACCAUGAUGAUGAGGCUGUCAAGAGAGCUGUCAAUGAAUAUGAUGAGGCGCUAGAGAGGUAUAUACCAGUGUUGAUGCAACAAGCCAAGAUUUACUGGGACAUGGAGAACUACCCUCAUCUUGAGAAGAUCUUCCGCAAGUCCGUGGAAUUCUGUAACGAACACGAUGUAUGGAAACUAAACGUGGCCCAUGUGCUCUUCAUGCAGGAGAACAAGUACAAAGAGGCCGCAGGAUUCUACGAACCAAUCGUCAAGAAAAACUAUGAUAAUAUUCUAAGCGUCAGCGCCAUUGUUUUAGCCAAUCUGUGUGUUUCCUACAUCAUGACCAGCCAAAACGAGGAGGCUGAAGAACUAAUGAGGAAAAUCGAGAAAGAGGAAGAGCAAUUAUCGUACGAUGACUCCGAAAAGAAAAUCUACCAUCUCUGUAUUGUCAACCUAGUUAUAGGAACUUUGUAUUGCGCCAAGGGUAACUAUGAGUUUGGAAUUUCCCGCGUGAUUAAAUCCUUGGAGCCCUACAACAAGAAACUGGGGACGGACACGUGGUACUACGCCAAGCGCUGCUUCCUGUCCCUGAUUGAGAACAUGGCCAAGCACAUGAUCAUGAUGAAAGACCAGGUGGUUCAAGAGUGCAUACAGUUCCUGGAGUGCUGUGAAAUGUACGGAAAAGACGUUAAAGCCUUGAUUGAGCAGCCAUUGGAAGCCGAACCGAUGCAUCCUGGGAAAAACACUGUGACGUACGAAGCUCGUCUCCUGAAAAGUUUAUUGUUGCAACUGAUUUGAAACACUGCUUAUUUUUUAAGCAUUUCCAGAUUUAUUUGAACUGUGAUAGAAAACUGAUGACAAUUUGUCUAAAAUAGUUUUGUUGAAUAAAUUUGAAGAACAU